AUGAAGCUCAACUUAGAGAGAGCAUUAACACUCCUUCUAAGUGUUGCUGUUUCUGUCUUCCACAUUACUUCAGCUGAAGAUCCAUAUAAAUUCUUCAACUGGAAUGUUACUUAUGGUGACAUUUACCCACUCGGAGUUCGUCAAAGAGGUAUAUUGAUCAAUGGACAAUUCCCUGGUCCAGACAUUCAUUCUGUUACAAACGACAACCUCAUUAUCAAUGUCUUCAACAGUUUAGAUGAACCCUUUCUCCUCUCUUGGAAUGGGAUCCAGCAGAGAAGGAAUUCAUUUGAGGAUGGUGUAUUUGGAACAACAUGUCCAAUCCCACCCGGGAAGAACUUCACUUACAUACUUCAAGUGAAAGAUCAAAUUGGAAGUUUUUACUAUUUUCCAUCUCUUGCAUUUCAUAAAGCAGCUGGUGGUUUUGGAGGUAUUAGGAUACUGAGUAGGCCAAGGAUUCCAGUUCCUUUCCCUGAUCCUUCGGGUGAUUACACUGUCCUUAUUGGUGAUUGGUACAAGUCCAACCAUACGACUCUAAAAGCCCAUCUUGAUAAUGGAAAGAAGCUUCCUAUACCUGAUGGAAUCCUCAUCAAUGGUCGCGGCCCUAACGGAUUAUCUUUCAACGUCGAACAAGGAAAGACUUACAGGCUUAGGAUAUCGAAUGUGGGAUUACAACAUUCCCUUAACUUCAGAAUUCAGAAUCACAAAAUGAAGUUGGUAGAAGUUGAAGGGACACACACUCUUCAAACUACAUACUCCUCACUUGAUGUUCAUGUUGGACAAUCCUAUUCCGUGCUAGUAACGGCUGAUCAACCUUCUCAAGACUACUACAUUGUGGUUUCCACAAGAUUCUCGCCGAAGAUCCUUACCACUACUAGCGUACUUCGUUAUAGUAACUCUGCAGGCCCGGUAUCAGGCCCACCUCCUGGUGGACCGACAAUCCAAGUUGAUUGGUCUUUGAACCAGGCUCGAUCAAUCAGGACUAACCUUACCGCAAGUGGACCAAGGCCUAAUCCACAAGGAUCCUACCAUUACGGUCUCAUAAACACGACCAAGACAAUCAUUCUGUCUAGUUCUCCCGGUCAAGUUAAUGGCAAGCAAAGAUACGCGAUUAACAGCGUAUCUUAUGUCUCGCCAGACACGCCUCUUAAGCUCGCCGACUACUUCAAAAUUUCCGGUGUUUUUCGGGUUGGAAGCAUAUCUGACAGGCCCACUGGUGGUGGCAUUUACCUUGAUACGUCUGUUUUGCAAGCUGAUUACAGAUCUUUCAUUGAGAUUGUCUUCCAAAACAACGAGAACAUCGUUCAGAGUUAUCAUCUUGAUGGCUACUCUUUCUUCGUGGUUGGUAUGGAUGGAGGACAAUGGACAACUUCUAGCAGAAACAAUUACAAUCUCCGAGAUGCAGUCUCGCGUUGCACCACUCAGGUAUAUCCUUAUUCAUGGACUGCUAUUUAUAUUGCUCUUGACAACGUUGGAAUGUGGAACUUGAGGACUGAGUUUUGGGCGCGACAGUACCUCGGCCAACAGUUUUAUUUGCGCGUUUACACAGCAUCAACCUCAAUCAGAGACGAGUUUCCUAUUCCAAAGAACGCGCGUCUCUGUGGUAGGGCAAGCGGGCGACACACGCGACCCCUUUGA